CUUAUGCUUCUGCAAAGUGGCUGGAUCCAAAGAGAGGGGCUCCAAAAGUUGCUCCAGCCGAUGCAAGAAGUCACACAAAGAAGAACCCGCAGCAUUGCAUUGCUCUACUCUCAGUCGAGUACAAACGGUGUAGGAAGGCACACCUGUUUUCUGUCCGAGCUGCCAGAGCUAUCCGACCUGAUCGUGUGUGUGUUUGUGCGGUGAACGGAGGGAGAUUCGAUGAUUCCCUAGGUUACCGUUAUGGUCGCGUUGUUCAGCGCACUUGUCCGUUUGUUGUGUUGAUGCGGAGUGUAAAAGGGCGCAAAGUGGUGACGUGAGUGGCCAAGAUAUUGGCAAACCUUGGAACAAGACACGAAACGGUGUGUAUACAGAGGACGGAGAUAUGCGCCUAUGCGCGAGGCGUAAAGUGCGUGAUUUCGAAUCAGUGAGUGACACUUGAGUGCAACUGUUGUCAACAAAGAGAGUUCAUCGCUUGUUGCUGGUUUCUUGAGGAGGAAUCGCUUCGAGGGCACAACUCACUAUUUUUUCUCGCGUUGGAAGGAAAUGUGCGAGAAGGGACGAUUUCACCUCAUUUCGAUCGUGUGUAUUAUAGGAGUCUUAAUGGGAAAGGUGAAUAUUGUAACGGGAGAAACCCGUGCCCGUCUUGUGUAGAAUCUCGAGCACGGAGCGCACACUAUCGCACGAAAAGUCCUGCAUAUGCAACAGACCACAAAGUGAAGUGAAGAUUGAAACGCAAGCAAAACAUUCCGCAAGUAUUCGAAACAUUUGCGAUCGAGUGAAACAAAAAAUCGAACAACUAUAGAGCGAAAGUAUUGAAACAGAAGCGUGCGCUUAUCUGAAGUCGGAAAAACGGAAGAAAUUCUGCAUGGUGGAGCAGUCCUCUCUAUCUAUCUCUUUUCCUGGAGCACAGUGAAGUUUUAAAGUUGAACACUGAGCAGAGAGAAAUAAGGAAAAACUAUUCCAGAGGAUCUGCUACCUCCCCUUUUGCAACAUUCUUUGUUUUCGUGCGCGAGCGAUUUUCCUGGCAACGGAAGUCAUAUCAAACAUUGAAGGAAUCGGCGCCGCAGUGGGUCCUUGACCUCGGAGAGACACACCGCCUGGGAGAGCGAGCGAAGGGGUGUUUGUUCAAUGGAGCGAAUGGUAUUUUGAACGAAGAACCCGCUAACGGAAACGUUUUCCGGGAGUGCUAUCCCCCCGACAGCAGAGUGCCGUUCUGUAGUGGUUCCGAGAAUCUUCCGGUGGAAGUGAUCUACAGUGUGGAAGUGCGUAACUCGGAAGUAUCUUGUGAGAAAGUGGGAGUUGUGGUAAUGCGUAUGAUUUGCUCCAUUAGAUGAUAAUUCGGGGCAGAAGUGUGUCUUGCGUGUGUGCGUGGAUUGGAACGUCUUAAGCCAACCGUUUUGAUGCGUGUUGAGGCGUCUUUGAGUUUCCGCAACCGACCGAUUGGGAUUAUAAGUGCCGAGGUGCAGCCACGAUAGCUCUGCAACGGUAGACGCAAUGAGGUGACGGGAGCGGCCACAGUUUUCCAUCCGAAAAAACCGAUUCACAUUCCACAACGCCUCACUCAACAAAGAAUAAGCAGGUUCCUGAACGAACGAGCAAAAAUGGGUAACUCUGGAAGUAUGAACGGGUUGCCCGGAUACGAUGAAGCCUACCAUCCUACCACCGGUUACCACCACCAUCAUCACCACCAGCAACAGCAGCACCAGCACCAAUACCAACGCUACCACGAGUUGAUGCGAUCUGGUCACCACGGAGCUCCCCCAGGAUGGCUGGAGUCCUACCAGCGGGAUCUCCGUAACGGUUCGGGCGGAGCCCAUCGAACCUUCGACAAUCGACACACGCACGAUUCCGGUCACCGGGAGUCAACGAGCAGCGGACCGAGCUUACCACCUCCGAUGAAGGUUCUACCGGACAUUCCCGGUCGGGUUGCGAAACUUCGCCCGACAAACAAUGGUAACAUCCUGCACGCGGGAGGAACCAUCAGCAAAAACAAUAAUCUGCAGAGAUCCAAGAGCAUCUCGUCGCCCACAUACCAGCAACAUCAGCAGCAGCAACAGCAUCACAGCUUCGACGAGGAAGAGGAGAGCGGUGUGAUGAAUUCACUUCCACCGCAGAUGAUGAUGACACGGUCCCGCACCCAGAUCAACAUGAUGUCCCCGGGAAGGCGCGACUUCGAUGACUCUUCGCCUAGAGGGAACGCAAGUCCGCGCAGAUCCCGGGGACACGCCUCCAACCAGAGAAAACCGGGCUACGAACCGGGUUCGCUCAACAACAACAAGAAACACUUCGGAUCGGAACCCGAUCUACGAAUUUCGAUCAGCAGCAACGAAGCGCACGAAGACUCGAGUGGCGGUGGUGGUGGUGGUGGUAGCGGUGGCGCAGGAUCAUCGGGACAGCGGAAUACCAAACCGGUCCAGUCGAAGAUCAUCAAAAACAAAAACAAGAAGAAGGCCCCGGUGCCUCCGCCCCUGGAAAAACGCGAAGAAGACCUCAUCGAAAAGCAGCGCAUAAUCGCGUACUCACCGUUACGAAAAACCAAUUCCGACGCGUCAUCUACUCUGCCAUCGUCGGACAGUAACAGCAACAAUCCGGCGCGGAAGCUUCGACUGUUCAAAACCCGUGCCGAAACCAAGAAGAAUCACAACAUAACCAAACUCCCGGAAGCCUCGGAUGCCAAGUAUUCUGCCAAAAACGGACCCAUACAACAUCCCUCUCCAAGCAAUGGGCCAACCGGCAACAGUAGCAACAGCAGCAGCAAUACAUAUAAACCCAGAAGUCAGGUACGGAAGGACCCUGACUUCGACACCGGCACUUUGGACAAACCCAGCAAAUCCCGGCUGAAUCCAACGUCAUUUUUCCGACGGGAAAAAACCUUCGACCUUGGUGUCCUCGAACGAGACCGGACGCAACGUGACAGCGCCGUUAACCAUGUGCCAAAUAGCAAGCCGACCAUGUCGCCUCCGAUUUCGCGACGAAAAUCUAUUGUCAAAACUCUGCUGGAGAAAGAUCAAGCUCAACAACAAGCCCAACAACAGCAAGCACGAAUUGCAGCCGUGGAACCCAAAGUCAAAUCAAGGAGACAGGACGAAAAACAGAAACCCCCGACCGCUGCCAUGACCGACUUCCAAAAAGAGCUCCAGCUGGCGACACGGAGGAAAACCCCCCUACCGAGCGCGAGCAGCAUCAAGCCAACCCCACAACAAACCGCCAGCAAGACUUCCAGCAACGCACGCAAAAUAUCGGAGACGAAGCAGACAAUCAAGAUUGAACCAUCCAAGGGUAGCCUGGUGAUUUCCAUGGAACCGAAAGACAACAACACAGAGCGCGAGAAUGGUUGUGUCAGUCCACCACCACCGCCGCCACCGCUUCCGAAAACCAGCUUCUACUUCGGAAUGUCCGCACCAAGCGAUUCCCUCCGAAGGGAACCUAAAAUUUCGCCGAAUCUUCUAGCCAAGGCUAAGAUGAUCGAGACCUGUCGGCUCAAUUCGGAGCGCGAUAACUCAGAUGACGAGCAACCGCCCCAUAUGAUGCGCUCGAACCGCAACGAAGUCGGCCAUGAAGAGUCGGAAAUGGAUAGAACACAGCUGGAUGCCAUCGACCGCUUCGCGGCAAGUCUAAUGAAUGGGACGAAGUUUGCCUCGGGAUCGGAUUCAGCAGCCUCCUCAGACGUGGAUAUGCGCACCAAUUCGGGUGACGUGAACUCCGAACAUCAUGAAAUUUCACUCAAGCUCCGUCCAACGUUGCCCCGGAAGCAGUUCGAGAUUCCGCGCUUCAGCCCAGCCGCAGCGUGGCGAUUGCUUACAACCGAGGAUGAUUUCGGGCGGGACUCCACCGAACUGUUCCCAUUUGCGGAGAAGAAACAGCUGAUGCGUGCAUUGGAUGGGGUCGAGGCUGCUGAGGAUAGAAUCGAGCGCAUCUACCGCGAACCAAUCCCGGGACUGCAGGACAACAAAAGUGGAGACAGUGGAAUAUCGGGCGACGCUGGACUCCCGGAUAUUGGGGAAGCACCGAUGUUGGGCUCCAGCAAGGAACGUGAUUCACCGGAAAGCUCCCCGGUAGAUGAGAGCCCGAGCAACGUGUGGUCUUCGAAUGCGAUCCGGUUGACACCCUGGACACCCCAGCAGGAUCUCGAGGACGAUGAUGACACCACCGGUAGCAGUGACAAUCGACAGUUAAUCGAGGACGGUCCACUGAGUAACGGAACGAACGACUUCUCCACCAAAGGGCAUCUGUUUAGUUUGUCUCUUCCGCGAGAGAAUCAUCUAUCGAUAUACACCGGCUCUGGUAGCGGCGAUAAGGUUGAGAAGCACAUGUUCAACAGCCUACAGAAGCUGCGCAAGUCCGUCUCGGAUGCCUUCACCACCGACGCGGACGUAAGUCCCUUGGAAAGCGGAGAUAAUUGGUUCCUCUCGCGGCUCGAAUCCACAGCGUCGAUCACCAACAACGCGUACGAAAAGCGACAGCUGAGUCCAACCGCACCAAAACACGCACCCCCGGAGGCUCCGUCCAGCGGUACAAAGAACGACGACUCCCAACCAGCGAAACCUUCAAAACACUCCGCCAUUGGGUACCUCGUCAGCGGCAAGCAUAUGAUGUAUCUCCCGAAGGAACCCACCAGGAUAAUCACCAACGGAAAGAACGAUCAGAACAAUAACAACGUGCCAGACGUAACGCCCACCGUGAAGUCAUCCAACGCGGCAUCGGAAAAACGCAAAGAGGACAAGGAGAACAUGCAGGAUCCGAUUCGCGAUGAAGGGGAAAACUUCCCGGUGAAGAUUUCCCACCGAAAGAACCACCGCUUCACCUUCCAGAGCACGAUCCGACAGAUCGAGAAAAGACGCGUGGCAGAGAAGCUGUCGCGGGAGGCCGAAAUAAAGGAAGCUAUGCGGUUGAGUGAGCUGGAAGCGAUGCGUCGCGUCGAGGAGGAAUUCCAGAAGAAGCGAGCCCGCGAGAAAGCUUCCAUCAGGCACCAGUUGCGGCUGUUCUCGAUGGAGGAAACCGAUCAACCGUACGAUGGCAACGACGAGGAAGAGGUUAUGGAUUCGAACAGACGCGCUGAACAGGAGAGUGGUUCGCCCCAUCAAACCAAAACCAAUGGGAUGUACCGAAAGAAGGAAUCAACCUUGGAGCGGUCGACACUUUUGGGUGGGCAAUCGCGUCGCCUCAGCCAGUCGCGAGGCUUCCAAGGAGCAACGACGUCACUGGAACGAAAGUUUUCCUCGGGAAGCGCCCCGGGAAAUUAUAACCAUAAUGACCACUUGCAACUCCAGCAGCUGCAGCUGCCGCAGGAAGAGGAUUUCAACAGCGAUGACAACAUGAACCACCACAUCAACGACGAUGACGAUGACGAUGAAGAUAGCAGCUUGAGUUACAUCGACACCCGGACACCGUACAUAUCGCGGAUCAUCCAGGCCAAGAGCAGCAAAAGCUACAGCAACGGCUUGAAGAAGUGAUCGAUCGGAGAGUACGCAACGAAACCGCAACGAACUGCCAUCUAGUCAUCAAGGAGUGUUAUUUUUCUAGAACCAAUUUUUUUUCGGGAUGCGUUGGGAUCCCUCGUUGAAUCCAAUUUGCAACAUAUUUUUUCAUUCAUCAAUCCACGAUGCCACCUUUGGCCGGAUCUAAGCAUUGAUUAGUUGGAAAUUUUAUAUCGAAUAUCUAUAAAGUACGAGUUUGUUUCUACAUUUCUUCCUAACAUCAACCUGCAUGUUAUUUAGUGUAUAAGGACAACUAACCCC